AUGUCGGAAGAAACACCUACUCCAGAACCCGAGUUGGUGAAGAUAUCUAUCUUCACUCCGUUGAUAUAUGUUGGAGUAGUAUUGUCCAUAUUUGUGGUCUUUUCAAUAUUUUACAGGAGACGUAGACUUGCCAAAUUUCAACAAAUUGAACCUAUCUUCAAAGACAACUAUAAUGCCAUUUUGUACCAACAACUAAAGUCUCAAUACACGGAUCCUGAUUUACCUAAAGAUCAGAAACCACAUGAGAAAGUGAUGAAAGCUGCUUUGCUACGUAGAGGAGUUGAAGCUAUCAGAAGAAGCAUGAAGUUGAAAGAAAAUGAACCAGUAUUCAAUAAAUUGUAUCAAAAUGGUCUGAUUGGAGAUGAUAUGUUUAAGCAAUUGGAAUUUGAAAUCAAGUUUCAGGAAUUGGAGUUGCGGGAGAUUGUCGCAGAAACUGAGCAAUAUAAAAAAGGCUGGUCGCAAACGUUCUUCCCCUUGGCUCAGGAAAUAUGCUUUAAUGAGGCAUUAAGACGAAGAUUGAAUGCAGUGGAUGAUAGAGCUGAAAAAUUGUCUGAACUCUGGGAUUUGUAG